GGUAACCUUCAUUUUUUUUGGACAACGUGAGGUAACCUUCAUCCUUACAUAAGGCUCCAAGAAAAGAAACUUCAAAAAGUUGCAAAAUGCAGUAACAGUGCCAGUUUGCCACCAUCAACAAACACUCCACUCCUUUGAGUUGUCAAUUCCUUGGAAGAUCAUUGAAAAGAUCCCUUCUUUUUGCCUGCUUCUCUUCCUUUUCACACCCAAAAUCAAUCCCUUUUUUAUUCUUUAAUAAUUUUAAUGAACCCAAAUUCCCAUUUUCUAAUCUCAUGAUAUUCUUGCACCCAAAUUCUGCAUUGAUCAUCAAAUCCUCAAACCCCAUUACUUGGAGAUCUAAUUGUAGGCAGAAAAACAGCAAGACCCCAGUUAAAUUUCCUGCUCAAACACCUUUUUCUUGCAGUUUUCACUUCAAAAAAGGGGGUUUUCAGCACAAACAAUUUAGUAGUUCUAUUCAGAAUAAAUCUGAUAAUAUUGUGAUUAUGGAAUUUCUUAGGAAAAUGGGAAUUGGGUGUUUUGGGGGUGGGAAAGAGAAGCAAUUGAAGCAACUAGGGCAGAAUACUGAGACUGAGUCUGUUGCUUGUGGGCAAGAUGUUGUGGAUACUGCCAUGGUUGAGGCUAAGCUCUCUCCUAAGCAUCUUGUUGUCAUGGUUAAUGGUCUUAUUGGAAGUGCAACUGACUGGAAAUUUGCUGCGGAUCAAUUUGUGAAGCAGCUCCCUGACAAAGUAAUGGUGCACUGCAGUCAAUGCAACACUGCUACAUUGACAUUUGAUGGUGUUGACUUGAUGGGUGAACGUCUAGCUGACGAGGUAUCCACUGUUAUCAGCCGUAGGCCUGGGUUGCAGAAGAUAUCAUUUAUUUCACAUUCUUUGGGCGGUCUUGUUGCAAGACAUGCUGUUGGAAAGCUAUACGAGCCUCUCGAAACAUCAAACGUUUUAGUUGCAAACGGAAACUACAUGGAAGAAGAGACUUUAAAUUGUAGGGAGGAAAGGGUCGAGGAAGAUUGCAAAGGUAGAAUUGCUGGACUGGAACCCAUGAACUUCAUAACUGUUGCAACUCCACAUCUGGGUUCACGAGGUCACAGACAGUUACCCUUCCUUUGUGGCGUUCUUUUCUUGGAGAAACAAGCUUCACAAACUGCGCACUUGAUUGCUGGAAGAUCUGGGAAGCAUCUCUUUCUAAAUGAUGCUGAAGAAGGCAAACUUCCACUUCUUGUUCGUAUGGCUUCUGAUUCAUAUGAACUAAAAUUCAUUUCGGCUUUACGCUCUUUCAAGCGACGUGUUGCCUAUGCCAAUGUGAACUUCGAUCAUGUAGUUGGGUGGAGCACCUCUUCAAUCCGCAGACGGCAUGAACUACCAAAGUCUAAUCUACUCGCAAAUGAUGAAAAGUACCCUCACAUUGUUUACGUUGAGCAUGACACUCUGGAAAAUGGCCGCCAUAAAGUGUCUUCAUGUGCUGAAAACCAGACAAUUGACUAUGAAGAGGAGAUGAUCAGAGGUCUUAAUCAAGUACCUUGGGAACGUGUAGAUGUGAGCUUCCAUCAGAGCAGACAGCGAUAUACUGCACAUAAUACCAUUCAGGUGAAGAGCUAUUGGUUGAACUCUGACGGAGAAGAUGUGAUCUACCAUAUGAUCAACAACUUCCUGGUUUAAUCUUCUUCGUAUGUUAUUCAUGGUCCUGCCUCUUGCCAUGGGUCUGUCUGAAUUGUAGACUUGAAAUGGUUUAUUUUUAAGACCAUAUAUAGUCAUGCAUGCGUGUAUUUUACGAAAUUUCUUCCUCAUGUACGUCUAUAAUAGACGUCAAUUUUGGAGUUCAGAAUGUUCCUUUCGAGUAUAUCAGUAUAUGAUCUCCCUGUAAUCAUUCCCCUUUUUUAUUUGUCACAGUCAGUGGUCAAUGCGGCCUCUGUGCUAUCCAAUGCCUUUCUUCUCCUGCAAAAAGCUAGUUUUUGUACAAUCUUCUUUGACAAAUGUAACAUAAAGUACUCUAUAAAUUUUGAGAUAUGUAUUUCCUGAUGAUGUUUAUAUUA